GACAGUGUCAUGGCGGCGCACGGCAUCAGUUUUGAGAGUGCGAGUAGCAUUGAAGACAAAAAGGAAAGUAAGCGACAGGCACGCCAAGAAGCUCUAGAAAAGGCCAAGAAAAAAUAUGAGAAAGAAGAAAGGAGGAAGGAGCUGAAGAGGCAGAGAGGGGAGGACACUUGGAUGCUUCCUGAGGUAAACCAACGACUGCAGCAAAUAGAAGAGGAAUCAUCUGUGAAGAGCAAGAAGAAGAAAGAAAAGAAAUCUAAAAAGAAAAAGGAGAAGAAGAGGGCCAAGAAAGAGAAAAGGGCAGCAGAAGCCAACGAUGGCUCUAGCGAAAGCUCGGAGGACUCUGGUGAUGAGUGGGUUGAAGCCCAACCUCUGGCACCGGUUCCUAAAGCCUGGCAGGUUCCUGAGGGGUCCAAGUCCACAGAGAACAACCCCAGCAUGGCCCAGAAUGUCCAGAGAGAUGAAUGGAUGACCUUUGACUUCCUGGCAAUGAAAACCACAUCCACUGCAGACAGGAGGGCUGAGAAAGAACGACAGAAAGAGGAAGAGAGAGCCAAGGCUGAUGCCAUUCAGCAGGCUGGCCUCCACAAAUUGGAGCUAAACCCUUACUGGAAGGAUGGAGGAACUGGUCUGCCCCCAGAGGAUAUGUCUGGCACAGCUGUAAAAAAAGGUGCAAUAGUGAAUGAUGGUGGUCUGAGCUGGUUGAGGAAGAGCUACCAGAGGAUGAAAGAGCAGGCAGAGAGGGAGCAGCGCAGCAUCAACGAUGUGGUGGCUGAGAGAUAUGGAUCAAUGGAAGAAUUUCAGAAUCGACUUUCAGAGGCUGAAGAAGCAGCAUAUGAACAGAGACGAGGAAGAGGAGGAGACAACACAACAAGAGGUGGAUGGAGGAAAGACGAGGGGGAGAACAGGGAAAGGUGGAAACAAAAAGAAGGAGACGGGCCAGAAAAAGAUAGAUGGAGGAGAAGUGAAAGGGAAAGACACUCAUCGCCUUCUAACCGAGAUAGAUACUAUGGUGGAAGAGGAGAGGAGAAGGAAAGAGGAGCCUAUCGGGAAAGAGAGCACGAGAGAAGUCGAGAUGGAGACAGAUAUAGAGAGAAAGAAAGAGGACGAGACAGAGAUCGGGAGAAGGACAUAGAGAGUGAGAGGAAUAGAGAAAGAGAUCGAGAUAGAGACAGAGAGAGGGAUCGGGAGAGACAUCGAGAUAGAAGUCGUCCUGGUGCAGCAUCAUCAUCUGAACAACCCUGGAGUUCCCUCUCUACUGGCUCACUGAAAGGCCGGUUUCUCAAACCCUCUGAUGACGAUGACAGUGCUGGAGUUCCAGAGCGUCCUCCAGCAGCACGGUCAUCCACGGGUUUUCUGAAACCCAGCUCUGAUGAUGAAGACUCUGGUCCAAGUAACAUCAGAGUUUCCGCCUGGAAGAAAAGCAGCAGUCCUGCCCCUGAUCCCAUGCAUGUAGAAAAACUGCAGCAGGACAAAGAGAGGAAUCCUCAGAAACCUGUAGCUGCUCCUCAAAAGGCUCCACAUGGUGACAGAGCUGCUGUGAUAACAUCAAGGAGUGAUAGUGACAGUGAAGAAGGGGAGGAAGAGGAGGAGGCUCCACUGCUGUCAGAGGAAGAGAUGAACAAACUAGGAGCCAAACUGGUGAAGGCAGAGAUCAUGGGCAACAAGGCCAUGGUUGAAAAGUUGAAAGCUCAAUUGGAAGCAGCUCAAAAAGCCAAAGAGAGCCACACAGCCCACAAAAAGCAGCAAGAAACGGCUCAAGCAAACAAGGUUCCAGAUCGGUCCAGUGAGGAUCAGGAAGUCCUGCUGUUCAGAACAGACCAGUCAGGUCGUGCCUGGCCAGUCAAUGCUCCCUCUGGCUCUCAGGAGCCCCACGGAGGACGGCGGAAGAAGAAACCGAUUGAGACCCAUGUCGACGGGCAGCGUGUGAGGUACUUCCAGGAUGAUGACAACAUGGGUCUGAUGGAGAUGGUCAGAAGAGAGAAGAUGAGCACUGCACAGGAUCAGAAUGCCCUCUACUCUCGCAUGGCUUCCAAGAUGAUGGGGAAGACAGAUGGUGACAACUACACACUGGAUGACAUGUUUGUGUCAAGUGCAGCGCAGCGGGAGGGUGAGGGGAGGGAGGAGGAGAGGAUGAGGAACAGAGCCAUUGGAGAGAGCAGGAGACUGGCUGCCUUCAUGGAGAAAUGCCACUACUGUUUCAACAGCCAAGAGCUCCAGAAGCACCUCAUAGUAGCAUUAGGGAGCAAGGUUUACCUGAGUCUGCCUGCAGGGGUGUCCAUGACCGAGGGCCACUGUCUCAUCUGUCCUCUCCAGCAUCACUGUUCUGCCACCGGAUUGGAUGAGGACAUCUGGUCGGAAAUGCAGCUGUUCCGACGUGCCUUGGUGCGUAUGUUUGAGUCUCAGGAGCUGGAUUGUGUGUUCAUGGAAACACACAUGAACCCACGCAGAAGACAACACAUGGUCCUCGAGUGUAUCCCACUUCCAAGAGAGCUGGGUGAUAUGGCCCCUAUAUACUUUAAGAAAGCUAUCAUGGAGUGUGAUGAGGAAUGGGCCAUGAACAAGAAGGUCGUCGACCUCUCAUCCAAAGACGUCCGCCAAGCAGUUCCUCGAGGACUGCCAUACUUUGCUGUAGACUUUGGAUUACAGGGAGGGUUUGCUCAUGUUAUUGAAAACGAGCAGAAAUUUCCGCCGUACUUUGGCAAGGAAGUGGUUGGAGGCAUGAUGGACUUGGAGCCACGGCGCUGGAGAAAGGCGAUCAGAGAAAACUUUGAUGAUCAGAGGAAAAAGGUCCUGCAGUUUGCACAGUGGUGGAAGCCAUAUGACUGUACCAAGACUGAUGACUAGCGGGGCAUACUGAUGGACAGCUGUUCACUUGAAAUAGAUGGGAUAGAAUUUUACUUCCAAAUUUCAUGUAAAAUUCUAGUUAGGAGUUGUAUUUUUACUUAAAUAAAAGAAAUGAGUUUAAUAUGUU